CUCAGUCAUAUGCAUGUUACUUGUCAUUCCCAGAGGACAAUUUAUAAUGUCUACUAUUUCUGGUAUGCCGCUUUUCUUUCUUUGUUGCUUGUAUCUAAUAAUAGUAAUAUGUGAAGCCAGCUUCGGACCAAGUUAUGAAUACUCCAAAUACUGUAAUAACAGUAAUGGAAACUACACAGCCAAUAGCAUCUACCAAACCAACCUCAAUACCCUCUUAUCCACCCUCACUUCCCACACAGAAAUCGACUAUGGUUUCUACAAUUUCUCGCAUGGCCAAAACUCAGACAAAGUAUACGCAAUAGGGUUAUGCAGAGGAGAUGUUAAGCCAGACGAAUGUCGCAGCUGCCUCAACAAUUCUAGAGUGAGUCUCACACGGUUGUGUCCAAAGCAGUUAGAGGCAAUCAAUUGGGAAGAGAAGUGCAUGUUGCGCUACUCCAACCGCGCAAUUUUUCACACCAUGGAUGCUUCUUUUUCGUAUCAUAUGAACAACGUAAACAAUGCAACGGAUGCGGAAGAGUUCAAUAAAGUGUUGGGUGAGUUACUUAGAAAUCUGAGUGACAAAGCUGCAUCAGGUGACUCUCGUCGCAAGUAUGCCGCGGAUACUGCAGUCUUUGCGAAUCUCCAAACCAUAUACGGUCUUGUGCAGUGUACGCCUGAUUUGUCAAGGCAAGACUGCGGUAAAUGCUUGCAUUGGAGUUUGGCAGAUUUCGGAAAUGUUUUCAAAAACAAAGUUGGUGCUGUAGUGCUUAGACCAAGUUGUAAUGUUAGAUAUGAAAUCUACCCCUUCUACGAUGAACCUACACCAUCAGCAUCGGUACCACUUUCCCUAAAAGGUACUUUUCAUUGUACUACUUGCUUGCAAAUUUGGUGGAAUUGUUUUAAUUACUAAUUCUUUAAAAUAUGA